CAAAGGGGUCGUUAUGGGGGUCCGGGGGGCUUCCGCGGCCUGCGUUGGAGCUAAGUCGCUACUUUAGAUCCCAUCGAGCCACUCCCUCGGAGUUCCAGGACCAGCCUUUUGUUUCUAGUCCGGCCCUAGGCAUGGGAGAGCCCAAGAUGCUCGUGCCCGAUUCGGGUGCUCUGUUUACAUUUGGAAAAAGUAAAUUUGCUGAAAAUAUUCCCAGCAAAUUCUGGUUUAAGAAUGACGUUCCUGUAUGUCUUUCAUGUGGAGAUGAACAUACUGCUAUUGUUACAGGAAAUAAUAAACUUUACAUGUUUGGCAGUAACAACUGGGGACAGUUAGGAUUAGGAUCACAGUCGACUAUGAACAAGCCAACAUGUGUCAAAGCUCUUAAACCUGAAAAAGUGAAACUUGCUGCCUGUGGAAGGAAUCACACAUUGGUUUCAACAGAAAAAGGCAGCGUGUUUGCUACUGGAGGAAAUAGUGAAGGGCAAUUGGGACUUGGUGAUACUGAAGAAAGAAACACUUUCCAUCAAAUUAGCUUUUUUACCACCCAACAUCAAAUUAAGCAGCUCUCUGCUGGAUCUAAUACUUCAGCUGCACUAACAGAGGAUGGAAAACUUUUCAUGUGGGGUGACAAUUCAGAAGGACAACUUGGCUUAAAAAAUAUAAGUAAUGUGUGUGUUCCUCAUCAAGUAACUGUUGGGAAACCAAUUAUCUGGAUCUCUUGUGGAUAUUACCAUUCAGCCUUUGUAACAACGGAUGGUGAACUUUACACAUUUGGGGAACCUGAGCAUGGGAAAUUAGGCCUUCCCAGUAAGCUGCUGGCCAACCACAGAACACCCCAGCUGGUGACUGGAAUUGCUGAAAAGGUGUUACAAGUAGCCUGUGGUGGAGGGCACACUAUUGUUCUCACAGAGAAAACUGUAUAUACCUUUGGACUGGGACAAUUUGGUCAACUAGGCCUCGGCACUGCUCUUUUUGAGACUCCAGAACCCAAAGUUGUUGAACAUAUUAAGGAUCAGAAAAUAACUUUUGUUUCCUGCGGAGAAAAUCACACAGCUGUGAUGACAGACAUAGGUCUAAUGUAUACUUUUGGAGAUGGUCGUCAUGGAAAAUUAGGACUUGGAUUGGAGAAUUUUACCAAUCAAUUCUUUCCCACCUUAUGUUCUAAUUUUUUGAGAUUCAUAGUUCAACAGAUUGCUUGUGGUGGUUGUCACAUGCUAGUUUUUGCCACCCCUCGACUUGGUGUAGUAGAAGAAAUGGAAUUUAAUGAAGCAAAUGAGCCUCACUUACAGUCAACUUCUUCUAAGCCCAUCGGUGGUGUGAACUCAGGGAAUGCACUCCAUAGAACUGUAUCAGCACGUUUGCGUCGAAGAGACCAGGAGACACCGUCACAUUCUUCUCCAGUGACACAAACACUGCCUCCUGUAGAGGGGACUGGCAAAGGAACCGCUUAUUUCUCACCCAGUUCAGUCCCUUUCCGUUUGCCUCGGUGUAACUUCCCAGAGAAAAGCACUUUUGAGCCUGGAAAGCUACUGGAGUCAGAGUAUUUUCAAGAUCUGAUGACCAAAGAAAGUGAUGCAGAAAAUUCUACUCAAGCAGCAGAAUCAGAAAACCUUGAAGAAACUACUGAUGUCUUAAAUAUGACACAUGUGGUGAACCUGAGUUCCAGUGAGAAGUCACCAGUAUUUUCUCCAAUUCAAAAACACAAGAGCCAAGACCCAGUUGAGAAACUGAGCCAGCUUACAACCUGUACUGAAAAUGAUGAUAAUAAUGAAUAUGAAUUUGAAGAGAUGUCAAAAACAAAAGAAGAUAAAACAUGUGAACAACAGGUGUCAACAGGUGUCUCUGUGGUUCAAGUAGCUGAAACCUUGGAAGCAUUUUCAGAUGAGGAAGAAGGAAGUAGUGGCACACAGCAGGAUCUGAGUGUUUCCGAAAUUACAGACCACAAACCAGAAGAUAAUGACAGUCAAAUUAGUGCCAAACAAACAGAAGAGAAAAAAAGUGUGGAAGAUGAUAAAAAUGUUGCUGCAGGUGACCAUGGUGAAACCAAAGUGCCAGGAAGUGUCAAAGAUAUUCCAGCUGAAAUCGCUGAAGAGGAAAGAAAAGCCAGUGUAGAGGAUCUAGCUGUUCAUGAAUACAACAAAAAUCCAAAAGGAAACAUGCAUGAAUGUGCCCCGAGUACUUCUCCAGACAACCUGGAAGUUAGUGAUUCAACACCAAGUCAAGAAGUGAAAAAAUCCAAAAAGAUGUUUUUCCUUAAAUGGAUGUCUCUGACAGGUCAGAGAUUUACACAGAAUGAGUCACCUGAAACCAUCAAACCAGUAGGAGAUGAAGUACCAUUACCAAGCGAUAACAAAGAUGCCAGUCAGAGCCAAAUGGAACAAAACUUUCAGGAUCCUUCACCAUCAAAUACUGCUGAGGGAAAGUCAAAAUCCUGUAUGAUAUUAUAAAGAUAUGUCUUAUGUUUUCAUGGUCAUCAAGCACAUUCAUAGUUUAUACUUGAAAAAUGUUAUGACUUCUGAAAGAAAAUUUCUAAUAAAAUAAAUUUAAAGAUGUAAAUUAUAGAUUUUAUUUGAGCAGUAUGACCAGUUUUGAUAUUUAUGUAUGCAAAUAUUUUUGACAAGCGAUUUCAAAAUAUAUCUCAACAUCUCAACCUCUUCUUGAAGUGUUGUGGCCUUAACUGUUCAGUGUUGCAUAAAACAAUGUAUUUUUGUAUGUGAAAAUUGAACUCUAAGAUAUUUAAUGGUUUUUGCUAAAUAAUUUUACUUCUUAUUUCAUAAGACAAUGUUCACCACCUCGUGGCACUGUAACAGUUUUAAAUGUAUUUGUUAA